GUUGUUGAUUUGUAUAAUGGCCGAAUAGCAUCCAGUCUACAAUAAUAUUUGCAGUUGAUAUUUUUUUCCAAUAUUUAUAUGGCAGAGAGUUCACGUUAGUGACAGAUGAUCGCCCACUUUUAAGAAUAUUACAUCAAAACGAAAAAAUUCCGGCAAUGACAUCGGCACGCCUCCUUAGAUACGCAUCUUUCCUCCAAGGAUUUAACUAUAAAAUGAAACAUCGGAGAUCCGAACAAAUUGCGCACGCUCAUUGCUCAUCCAGAGCUCCCGCAAAGGAUUCGUCAAAUUGCUUCACACAUUUCCUAGACGAAUAAGUAACAGCAGUACAAGAUCAGACAAUAAAUACGAUUGCCACGAAUACAGUUACGGUAACAUCUAUUGAAAAAGAAACAGGAAACGACCCGGAACUAGCUCAAUUAAGAACAAAUUUAAAAAUUAAAAAAAAAAAAAACAAGAUCCAGAAUACUCGCUACAAGGUGGUAUUAUACUAAGAGGCCAACGAGUAAUAAUUCCAAUGCCCUUGCGCAACGAAAUAUUAAAAGAACUGCAUUACACCCAUCUCGGAGUAGUGAAAAUGAAACAACUGGCUCGGAGGUAUUGUUACCGGAAAGGGAUCGACGCAGAUAUAGAGCGUAUGGUAAAAGGAUGCCGGGAUUGUGCUUUGGUUAGGUAGAACCCGCCACAAAUCACCACCCAUGUUUGGGAACAACCAAAAGAAAACUUUGAAAGAGUUAACAUGGACUAUGCAGGGCCUUACCAGAAUUGCUAUUUCUUCGUUCUUGUUGACGGGAAAUCUAAGUGGUCUGAAGUGAAAGUAGGAAGAAGUGCACCCACAUCUGAAAGCACGAUUGAAUUACUUGAAAAUAUUUUUGCAACACAUGGUCAGCCCCAAGUAUUAGUUUCCGAUAACGCAACGAUUUUUCAGAGUAAAACCUUCAAAUCCUUCUGUCAAGAAAAUGGUAUAAUUCAAAAAUUCAUCGCAC